AGCAGAGUUGAGGUUGGACUUCAACAGGAAAAGAGAAACACAUGAGGCUGCUGAUUCUCACUGCAGAAUGGACUUUGGGAUAUGCCAUCCCAGCCUCCCUCCUGCCCUACCCUUUCCUCCCCCCAACCCCCAGCUCCCCAGGGGACUGGGUCACUCUGGACCUUGCUACUUCCUGCUCCUGGCUGCCACUGCUCAGAGAUAUGGAGCUGUGGAGGCAGCUCUGGCAGGCUGGACUGGUGCCCCCGGGACUGGGCCCACCUCCCCAGGCCCUGAGGGGCAUCCCCCCAGUGGGGAGGGCUGGGCAGACCCUCAUGUCCCCAGCGGUAGACACCAAAGGUGCCAGGGAGAGUCUGCUGUGGAUCUGGGAGGAGCUGGGGAACCUCCGCCGAGUGGAUGUCCAGCUGCUGGGCCAGCUGUGCAGCCUAGGGCUGGAGAUGAGGGUGCUGCGGGAGGAACUGGUCACCUUCCUGGAAGAGGAGGAGGAGGAGGAGAGCAUCAAGGAGGAGGAGGAGGAUGAAGAGCCCGAGGGGAAGCAGGAGGAAGGACACCUGGUGGUCUCCUGCCCCACCCAGUCUCACCGCCUCCCUGACUUUGAGAUGACCAUCUGAGGCCCUGCCAGUGUGCUUCGGACUGACACAGGAAUGAGAUGCAAGUUUAUGCAAGGAAGAGGGGGCGAUUUUCAGGUCAAAUCAAGUGUAAAUGGUGAUUUGGAGUCAACUCCUGUUCCUUGAGCAAGUGCUUUCCCUGAAGAUGUCUGAGAUGAAAUUGAGGGGUGGCCUGUGGGCUGUGGGUGUGUUUGCAGGUGAUGUGGGAAGUUGGCAGAGAAACUCUAGGGAUAUUUGCAGAGGAGCCGCAGGUGGGUUGCAGAGGAGAUGUGGGUCUUUGCGCAUAUGAUGGAGAUGCGGGCAGAUGGCUAUCGAGCCCCUGAAAUGUGGCUAGC